AUGGCUUGUGUGAGAAAACAUAUUAAAGGUAAUGAGUAUAAAUUGCAGAGCGAUGGAUACACAUCAUCGACGAUGUUCUCAACCAGCGCUCUUUGUAUCGCUCUGUUCAUUUUGUGGAACUGUGACUUGACAAACUCUGUCUUGUAUAAUGAACCUCUGAGGGUUGAACAUUUGCUGCAAGCACCAGAGCAAACCGGGGACCCAGGAACGCGUGCACGUCAACCUCUGGAUAAGAGACAACCAAAGCAGGCACCGUUGACCAGGAUGAACAAUGGGUGGUAGUUGCCAACAGAAUUUCCUACGGCGUAAUCCAAGUGGUGCAUAUAUUGCCGCAUGUUGGCCCAGCAGGAGUCUCUUACUGUUUUUGUC